CAGUAAUAACGUUCGUAGUCGAUAAAUGGCUGCGUGCGUCAUUUCGCUGCGCAAUCAAGUCAAGCACGGAAAUAACUAACAGCUGUUCUGCAAUAUUCGGUCGGGCAACUCAGGUAGCAGCUGUAUACGAAGGAGCACGCAGCCGUUUUCCUUGGAAGUGCGAUUGUUUCGACGUUGAAUUGUGGCUUUCUCAUUGUUAUAUUUCGCUUCACGUUUUGGACCAAUCCAGUUUUCAGUGUUGAAAAGUCUACGCACGCUUUAGUGCUGGCGGUUACAGUGUGCAAAUCCUUGAGUUACUGGCGAAAUGUUUACCAAAAUUGAGAAGUUGUUAUUGUGAUUUGAGAUCAGUGGAAAUGCCUCGUGAAUACGUGGACCGCAAGGACAGUCCCACAGUGUUAUGUCAAUAGAAUCUUUAAAUAGAUAGCAAUUUAAAUUUUGUCACUAGAAUAGGUGAUAAUAAUGUCUAGUACGGUACCAACCAGUUCUGCUCUCAGGGCUUUGGCCUUGGAGUACAAGAGCUUGCAAGAGGAGCCCGUGGAAGGGUUCAGAGUGAAGUUACUUGGUGAGGACAAUUUGUUUGAGUGGGAAGUUGCAAUAUUUGGACCACCAGAUACGCUUUAUCAAGGCGGAUAUUUCAAGGCACAUAUGAAAUUCCCUCCAGACUACCCAUAUUCACCGCCCACAAUUAGGUUUUUAACUAAAGUAUGGCAUCCAAAUGUAUAUGAGAAUGGUGAUCUCUGUAUAUCUAUCCUACAUCCACCGGUGGACGACCCUCAAUCGGGUGAGCUGCCGUGCGAGCGUUGGAACCCAACGCAGUCCGUUCGCACCGUGCUGCUGUCUGUGAUCUCACUGCUCAACGAACCCAACACCUUCAGCCCGGCGAACGUGGACGCCAGCGUCAUGUACCGCCGUUGGCGCGACUCCAAGGGGAAAGACAAGGAAUAUGAGAAUAUUAUAAGAAAACAAGCUCAGGUGGCGCGCAUGGACGCAGAAAAGGAAGGAAUCGUAGUACCUCUUACAUUAGAAGAUUAUUGCAUUAAAACACAAGUCAAGUCGUCAACGCAAGAACCACAGCUCGAUAUGACGGACUUCUAUGACGACGAUUACGACGACCUCGACACCGACUCCGAGGGCGAGCUGGAAGGCGGCGAGGACGCUGAUGACAGCGGCAACGGCGAGUCGUGAUACGCCCCCGAGAUCUCACGCGACGGACGGACCACCAGACGUAUAUAACACAUAUUGAAACUUUAACUUUAAAUUAAACUUUAAACAAUGCUGCUGGGCGCUGGUCUAGCACGAAAGUUAGAUAGCUACAAUGUGAUGAUCGCAAUCAGUUCUCAUUGGUUGAAGCUGUAGACAUUACUGAGUUUGUAGUGUGUUAGCAAUUAGCAUCAACAUGCCAGAGCUGCCCGACUCACUUUGUAUUACUCCAUAAAUAUUUUGACGUAUGUUCUGCAAAACCCAGAUCAUAAUCAGGACGUUUCUUUUGCAAUGCGACCUGUAGGUAUGUAAUGUUAUCGUAAUGGCCCAGCUGUAAUCAGUUUGUUCAUAUCCUCAAUUUUGACUUGAGUGUGGAUUGGAAUGUUUUUCAAAAAAUACGUCGAUUUAUGAUUCAGAUGAACUUCUGUAGUGUCAUGAAUCCCAACACAAAACAACACUGUAUUGAGUUGCAGCUCCUUUCAUUUCACAACGCAAUUGAGCUGCGCUGCGCGACGGAAUGCAGCGCCACGCGGCGGCGCGGUAAAUAUAGUUUAUAUGAGUUUGUAUGAAGCCAGGUGUUGCCACAUCGCGUCGCGUCGUGCAGCUCAGCGCAAAUGCGUUUGAACCUUUACACUCUCAGCAUUGGCUAAAAAGUACAUUAGCAACAAAAAUACCAUAAAUUGAGCAAACGCGAUGAUCGCAAAGUGACUAUCACAACUUUCGUGCUAGCCGUCCUGAUCUACAAGGAAUGGCUUGACCAUUCCAAAAAUAAAUGUUAUUAGUUGACGUAAGCAAUAUCGUAGCAUUUUGUAUUUCCCUAGAUGUUAUAAAGCCAGAUUCACAUUGGGCAAGUUAAGCCCUGCACAGACGCCGCGACGUACAUGUCAUGGACUUGGCAAGUCACUCGGCGAUCCAGUCAGUACCAACGACAUUUACUAACAUCCUAUAAAAAUUUGCUUUAACGCUCUAGAAUAACUGGGACUUCGAAGGAGUUAACUGUUUAAAAUGAACUAUGCUAUCGAUAUAAUUACGCAAGAGUGGAGUGGAUACACCUUUAAAUAGUACAUUAUAACUCGUGCGACACAAACCCCGCAUUAUGCUUGCCCGUGAAUUAAGAAGCCAUUUUUGCAAAUAAUAAAAAUGGAUUACUCAAAUCACGUUACUAAGUGUCAGGUUUAGGUUACAAAGUGCUAUAAAUCAUAAUACUUUCAGACAUAAUUCAGACUGGUCCAUUACUAAACCAGUCUGAAUUCUGAAAAUCCAUUAAUAUUAGUAGGCAUAAGCAAGUGGAGUCCUUUGCUAAUUUUAUUUAAAUCAAUAUUAGAAGACAGUAAUAUAGAAGCUCACGUUAACGUAAAAGUUUGGUUGGCAGAUUUUGUAUAUCAUUAGAUACAUAAAAGCUGAGUCAAAGUUUUAUCAGACCAUUAAAAUAUGAAGUAACUAUUAAACAUCGACAAUAGAUGUAUUUAGAUUUAAAUGAAAGAUUUAAAUUUCCAUGUAAUGAACAAAGCGAGCAAUAAUUAUAUAUUGUUAAUUAUUGCCAUAAGCAUUUUGUAUUUCAACUAACUAUCAAUCAGCGAAGUAAUGCGGGGCCCUAAAAAGAUUUUGGAAAUGACGUCUAGUUUCUUUGUAAAACACAAAUCACUGCCAAGAGCCAAAAAUACCACUAAAUAAGGUAACAGAAAGGGUAUGUUGUCUUUAAUACGGGGACUAUUUGUCGCCUAUUUAGAGCAACUCAAUCAUAAAAAAAAAUACAAAAGUAUUUCGCAAGUGCAUAUCUCUACCAUCCAAAGCAACCUAAUAACGCCAUGCAUUAUAAGUCAACUUUUACAGCAAUGUGCAACGAAAGGUCACUGCUCAUCGAUGCGAGAACAAUUUCAUGCAUUAAGUCAAAGGUGAGACGAGCGCUCUUAAUAUCUCCUACCUAGCGACAAGUUGGACUACAGACAGCUACACUGAUCCGACCUCUCGCUCUAAUUCGGAUGUUGAAAUGGGACAGUGAUAAUUAGGUAUUAAAAGCGCUCGAUCUACCUUUAAUAUACAUUUGUGAUCUCAUUUUGUAACACAAAUCAUGGCCUUAUUUAGAUUUUCGUGAAAAUACCUGAUAUUGGAUUGUAAAUAUUGUUUAUGAUAAUGCAGCUAAAGGAAGAGUAACUGGUGGCAAAGCUAUUGUAGCUGGCAUGAUCAGUUAAAAAAAAUUACUAUUUGCCAGUCACUAUCUUCAUGUAAACCUGCCUUAUGGAUAGACUUUUUAAAAUUGAAUCUUAA